UUAGUUCGUUUACAUGACGAUUUGCUCUUGAAGAUACUGUCAUAUCUUCCGACAAAUGAAGUCCCGAUCACAAGUGUUUUGUCUAAACGAUGGCACUGUCUUUGGAUGCUUUUUCCCAAACUUGAGUACUGUUGUCGCAACCAUACCAACGGAUUCGAAAGUUUUCCCCAGUUUGUUAGCACAUCUCUCUUACUACACAGUGCUCCAGUUCUGGAAAGUUUGCACCUCACUCUUCAUGAUAUGUGUCCUGUCACGGACAUUGAGUCGUGCCUUGAGAUCGCAUCAAAGCGAAACCUGCAUGAGCUAAAGAUGGGAUUUUUGAAAUCGCUUUUGAGCUUACCAAGAAGAUUGUGCGAGACACUUGUUGUCAUGCAUCUCGAUGGUGUUGUCCUCGAUGUUACUUUAGUUCCAAGCUCCUUUAAGUCGCUCAAAACUCUGCAUCUUCUAUGUAUGACGUACAAAGGCAACAACAAUAAAUCUUUUAAAAGACUUUUAUCCAAAUGUCCUGUCCUUGAGGAUUUGUUAAUAGAAUGCAAUGAAGGUUCGCAAACUUUCACUGUUGCGGUGCCUUCUUUACAAAGGUUAUCCAUUAUAAACUCUUGGAGCGAAUGUUUCCGCUUGAAAACACCGUCUUUAAAGCACUUGAAGAUUGAAAGGUUUGUGAUGUUAUCGUGCUAUAUUGAAAACAUGCCUCACAUUGUAACAGCUGAUGUUGAAGUCGAGAGAAUUAAUCUGCGGGAGCUUCCGGGAUCUCUCACAUCUGUUGAACGUCUCUCUUUAUUAUUGAUUGCUCCUCAAGGAAAGGUUCCGCAGAAACCAACAAAGAUGUUCCAUCGGCGUCUUCAUCUAAGUCUAUGUACAUUUUAUCGAGAUUGGCCGAGUUAUCUUAAGUGGAUGAUAGAAGCAUCCCCUAAGCUACAAACUCUCAAACUCCACCGUGGUCAUUGGACUAGGCCAUGUAUACGUUUCUCCAACGAAAAUUUAAAGCUACCUGAAUGUUCACUACCCCAUCUCGAGUUAUUCGAGUGGAGAGGAUACGAAGGGACACCUAAAAAUAGGAAACUGGCGUCUUACAUCUUAACAAACGCAAGCUGCUUAGAGAGGGUAAUAAUCUCUUCGGAGCUUUCGUAUGCGGAUAAGAAGAAAGAUGGGAUUCUCAAGGCCCUUAUGCGUAAAGAGUUUUCACUACUCUAGAAAUUCAAAUACUUCCUGUCACGUUUCCUUCGACUAACCUCCUUUGCUUUUACCAAUUUAACUCUAGUAGAUUCCAUUUUUAUUUGUUUUUUUUUUUACCGGUUUUAUCUUGCCAAUGAGCAGUGUAGCCCCUGAGGCCAAGUUCAUAGAUUCUUGCUUGCUAUGAUUAUCUUUUACUCUCUUAAUU